CCUCCACCGACGAUUGCCACAGGCGGGAGUUCCCCGAACUCCCCGUGGCCGUUAUGUGGAGAAUAAGCAGUCCAAUUACUUUGGUCUCACGACCUCUAUCCAUUUAUCCGACCUCUGAGUCAAAACAGAAUGGCUUCCGCAACUGUCGUUAAAACGCUGGCCAAGAAAAACAUUGGUGUGUUCACAAACCCCAAGCAUGACCUAUGGGUGGCAGAGGCAACACCGUCUGUGGAGGAUGUAAAGAGUGGGAAAGGGUUGAAGCCUGGAGAAGUCACUAUUGAGGUUCGCAGCACAGGGAUCUGCGGUUCCGAUGUGCAUUUCUGGCACGCGGGUUGUAUUGGACCCAUGAUUGUUACCGGAGACCAUAUUCUGGGUCAUGAAUCUUCUGGUCAAGUCAUCGCGGUAGCACCUGACGUUACCAGUCUCAAACCUGGCGAUCGCGUGGCUAUCGAGCCCAACAUCAUCUGCAACGCGUGCGAACCUUGCCUCACCGGACGGUAUAACGGUUGCGAAAGAGUCCAGUUUUUGUCUACCCCUCCCGUCGAUGGACUGCUUCGUCGCUACGUUAAUCACCCGGCCAUAUGGUGUCAUAAGAUUGGUAACAUGAGCUACGAGGAUGGGGCCAUGCUGGAACCUCUCAGUGUGGCUCUGGCAGGAAUCGAACGCAGUGGUCUUCGUCUAGGUGACCCAUUGUUGAUCACUGGUGCUGGACCUAUUGGUCUCAUUACUCUGCUCAGCGCGCAUGCUGCGGGAGCCACACCUAUCGUUAUCACCGACAUUGACGAGGGUCGGUUAAAGUUCGCCAAAUCGCUGGUCCCCGGGGUCCGCACUUACAAAGUUGAAAUCGGGCUCUCUCCAGAACAGACUGCGGAUGGUAUUAUCAACACCAUGAAUGAUGGUCAAGGGUCCGGGCCAGAAGCCUUGCGACCCCGACUUGCUCUUGAGUGUACCGGAGUGGAGAGCAGCGUGGCUUCUGCAAUCUGGAGCGUCAAGUUCGGUGGAAAGGUUUUCGUUAUCGGUGUCGGCAAGAAUGAGAUGAAAAUUCCAUUCAUGCGUUUGAGUACUAUGGAGAUCGAUCUUCAGUACCAGUACCGUUACUCCAAUACCUGGCCCAGGGCCAUUCGGCUCGUCAAGAACGGCCUCAUCGAUCUGAAGAAACUUGUGACUCACCGCUUCGUCCUGGAGGAUGCUCUCAAAGCCUUCGACACGGCUUCUAACCCGAAAACGGGCGCUAUCAAGGUUCAGAUCAUGAGCUCGGAAGAAGACGUCAAGGUUGCUUCGGUUCUUAAUGGUGUCUAAAUGAUUUUGUUUCGUCCUUUGCAUCUCUCUGUUCCGGUGGAUAGAACCUUCUGUCUUGUUUCUUUUACAUACGUGAUGAACCUUGCAUGAUUAUUUAAUGGUGACCUGUUGGCGAUUGGGAGGCAUAAAGGUUAUGUAGGCAGCUCUAUCUGACUAUUCUCUGUUGACAGAACGAUAGAAAUAUACCUGUCCAUAUAGAUUAUGGAUUACUCUUGAUACAUUGGAAUACAGGAUUUGUAAUGUCAAUCCAUCCCAUUCAAUCCAAG